ACCAAUAACCAAACAGCAAAUACGUGCCCCAAGGCCAAGGGUAUCCAGAUCUGGUAACCUUUCGACAGGCUGUUUCGUUGCCGGGUUCCACAAGACUUGUUUGUUCGAAAGUGUUAGUUUGUCCGUACGAGCACGCAGGAACGACUUUUACGUGAGUGCAGGAAGAGCCCAUUUGUGCAAAGUCGAAACACUGCUGAUCACCAUCAGAUGUGUGCACUGCAGAGCCAAGGCAAAGGCAAAGCCACUUUUCAGUUUUAUCCCAGCCAAGUUAGUUUAGUAACUACACCUUCAUUGGUCUCAGAUCAUCAGGUGAGCCGGAAUCAGUGUUUUCAAAUCUGUUCGGUGAAUAAAUUUUGAACCCAUAUUCGUCAGGCAGGAAGCCAAGGUCGAGGACGGAUUUGGCAUUUUGAAACGUCCUUGUCUUCUUUGGAAUAUCCCAGCACCCCUUUUGUAGUAGAAGCUCCGAAUACAGAGCUGGUAGAUCUACAUAAUCAGUAUACAUUGUGUGGCCCAGCGACACAUGUGGCUUGGCAGAGCACCGUCACCACGAAGCCAAGCCUAGUUAGUUCUGCAACGUUCCACAACAACUCUACCUGCCAGCAGACUACAUUAUCACUGACAUUGUAUUUAUAACGGCAUCUGAGUAUUCGCAUAAAGCCGGCCAGUGACUUCUGCGUGACGGGUGGAUUUCAAGUGUCCAUAUAGGGAGAAGCAGACACACAUCGGCGUUUGUGCGCCUUCCCGCUUCCGUUACGCUGUCCGGAACUAGCAUGGCAACCAGCGCAGAGUGACGAAUCGGCAGCACCGACCCUCGGCUGAUUGGUCCGUGUAUAGUCUGUCCCCAGCAGCACUGCAGUGUUAGCAUCCACAAAGGUAGUACGAUUGGCAAUAGCUGCUGCCCUGGACUUCAAGCAACACAGUAAGAUCACCGCCGCUGUAGUAUACCACGGCGUUGCUCACGUGAAGAGACACUGCUCGACCGACGUUCCACUGCUAAGCACCUCGAGUGUUAUACACCGCUGAGGGACGGUGACAUCUCGUUGCCAUGUUCCGUGGCGUAACAUGGCCCCCCAUGUGUCUCAGCCUCUGCGUUGCUCUCGCCGCUGUCUAUAGUGUUCUGGCGGAGGUAGCAGCCGGCGCCACCGCACCCGUAACCCUGGCAACAGCUAUACCCACCACCACCCCACAGGGCUUCGCAGAGUGCCAGGUCGGCGCGCCGCCCGUUGCCCACAGUCGGCUGGUGGCAAACGCAACACACGCACGCCUGCGGUGUCGCGACGGCUUCUCGGCUCCCGACGACGGUGUGUCCCGACCAGACGGUGCUUGCAAUUUGACCAGCCACGUCUGGACGACUGUACGGCUUGUGUGCUCGGACAUUGAUGAAUGCCUACUGGCCCAGCAUGAUUGCAGUGACAGCAGCAUCAGCACCACGCCAAACGGCACUUCAGGAGGUAUCCCGGACACGCUUCUAGCCACUGCAAUCUGCCAGAAUGUACCUGGUUCGUAUGUGUGUCGUUACGGCUCCAUCGCCUCAGCGGUACCCGGUGGCAGUGUCGGUUCAACGCUUGGUCCGCUCAGUGGGAGUAUGUCGCCGUCUGCUUCAAUUGCUGGUUCAGCGUCACCACCACCACCCUCACCACCGGCCGCAGCAUCAUCCGCAGCCCUGUCUCUCUCCUCCGCCACACUGGCUGUUGCCAUUAUCUUCAUUCUGGUGGCGCUCUUCCUGUCCUUCGUAGCCGGCUGGAAGUCAGCGCUGUACUACCAGCGCAAGAUGGGCAGCACCGUGCGCGGAAUCGACGGCGGCCAGCUCCAGUUCAUGCACCAACGCCAGGGCAGUACACUCGGCCCGCACAACGCCGAACCGCGGGCCCAAAUGAGAAUUUCAACGGACACAGUCGCGUCGUCGCUGCGCACAUUCCGCCGCUCGUUCCGCAGCAAUCCGCGCAACAAUUCGGCGGCCGGCUCGUCCUCUUCCGUGUCCGCAAUUGCCAUUCUGCCAGACAGUGGCUCGGACACCACCUCACGUUCGUUUGUCGGCACGUACGACAGCGCGAGCAUGGCGCCGGGAGAUCGCUCGACCAGCUGCAACAUCUCCACCACAUCCAUGUGCCUGCAGUCAGCUCCGCCGUCCAGCAUGCCCAUGUCGCCGCGGAGCUUGCAGCGCCAGAGCUCGGUGUCAAGCAUCGGCAGCUCGGUGUCGCUCUCCUCCAACUCGUCGCGCUCCCGUCCGGCCAAGCCACCGCCGCUCAAGUCGCCGCUGACCAACACCGUGCUUCCGGCCAGCCUGCAGACGGACAGGGCGCCGCAGCCGUUACCGCGACCGGGCCGUAGCUCCACGAUAUCGGUGGCGCCGGGGGAAGUUACCCUGGAUACGGGCCCUGUUGCCAGGCGGCUGCAGUCGCCGAACUCGGCCACGCCGCCGCUGCUGAGCAAGACGUACGCACAGAGCACGCAGAGCGACGAGGUCUGCGGGCCCUUGAUCGGCGACAGUGACACCGGGGCCUACGCGUACUCGGACGCGGAGCCCGAGCAGCUGGACGACGUGUACGAGAGCACGCCGGGCCUGGGCGACACGCCUGACGGGGCGCGCUCGCGGCUCAGCGUCACCACGUUCGUGCCCAACGAGGGUCACAGUCGGCGUGCCUCGUCCAGCACCACCUCCAGCAUGCACGCCCCGAGUCUAGGCCAUGGCGGCAGUUCCAGGUCAAGUAUUGCCGGCGGUGGUAACUUGCUCGGACGAGGAAUAAGCGAAAACUCCAGCCAAGAAGCGGAUGAGUUGUACGCGGACGCUUGCCACACCGUGGAGGAAUGCAUGUACGAUGCACCGGGCGAGCUUGCACCCGAUCUGAUGGGCACUGGCAUGCAACAGCCCAGUUCGCAGACGACGAACGAUGGCUGUCAGUACGACGCGCCCAGCUCGGUGUGCUCAGAGUACGACGCGCCCAGCUCCGUGUGUUCGGACUCGCCUGCUGUCGGCGGCGAAGGAGGCGUUAGCAGCAGCGGCAGCAAUGUGCCCACUGUGGCCUCGACCAUGCGUUUACGGCGUGGACUACCACCUGUGCCGCAACUAGCGUCUCAGGACGGCGACGCCAUUAGCCAUCGGGCGCCGCAGCCGUUGCCAUCCACGGCUACAACCAUUCCCACUGUCAAUGCUGCCGCUAGUCUGGAUAGUACCGGCAGCAUGGGUGACACGGUGACGGCACGUAGCCCAAUGCUACCGUCCGUGUCGCUGCUUCCCGGCACAGGCAGUGUUGGCAAGAAUGAGCGUGACAAGCGCAGCACCAAGAAGAAGCCACUCCCGACCAGCCCGACGGCAAGAAGCGAGAACGAACGCAGCAACGGUGGCGGCGUUGGCGGCAAGGCUGCAACUAGACGAGACGAGAUUAACACGUUCGCACCACCACCGGCACAGCCGUCGAGCAGUGUUGCUGCUGGUGGUGGUGGUGGUGGUGGUAAAGCAAACAAAGGCAAGGCGAAGUUUGGUCUGCCUCCAGCGCUGCCGUCAACCCUCGCUGUGGACACGCUAGAGAAGGAGAAGAAGAGAACUGUACCUCCGCCAAUGCCGUCGACCAUUGCCGUCGCCAAGCCGAAGAAAGACAAGAGCAGUGCCGUGUCCAAGUCGGGGCUGCCGCCACCACCGGCCACCGCUGCUGCUGUUGAUAAGCGGUCGCGGGAAAGGGCUGCUCUCCCGCCCCUGCCCUGUGUAGGCGAGGCAGCGAACCGGAGACCGGGGGUGUUCCCGCCCCGUAUGCCACCCUCGCCCUCGGGACCCAUACCGUCGGCAACCAGCAAUGGCUACGAGCAGAGAGACAUGGACGAGCAGCUGUCUUCUCUGCGGCGACGCGACGACAGCUUAGAAGGCUACGAGCAGAACGAGAUCAUCGCGUCACCGUUAUCAUCGCGGCACAACAGCAACCACAACUUUGAGAGCAGUGCAGCAAGGGGUCUUCCGCUUGCUUCCUUCCCCCGUGUGUCCACAGCGGAGCAGGACGACGAGUACGAACGGUUCAUCCAGGGCUCGGACCGUACGUCGUGCUCCGCCAGUGUCUGCUCCCGAACUCUAGCGGGUAGCGCCAACCACACUGCCAGUGGCGCGCUGCAAUCCGACUUGUGCUACGACACACUGAGUGCGCACGGUCGUACGUCGCCUGGCGAGCAGGUCCAGGCACAGCCGCACGACGGCGGUGGCCUCGAUGAGAUGUACACGACGACGCAAGAGUCGCGCUCCAACUCAUUGUACUCGGCGCUGGGCGGUGGACUGUCGCCACGGUCCUCGUCCGCCGCACGCGCCUCCCGCUGCUCCAACUCGGACGCUGCUGCAGGCGGCAAUUUCGAUUCCGUCUCGGCCAGCUUAAUGCUUGGCCGUGGCGGCAGUAAUGACGAGUCUCUGCGUUCAAGCACGCGGUUUUCUCGUCAACGUGGCUCUGCGGCUGCAGCGAGUCAGUGCGAUGACCAAUCGCCAUGCUUGGAUGCUACAAGCGCACGCGCGGGACCGGUGCUGGCGGAGGGUGAUGAGUACGCGAUUCCGGCGCGCGGCGUCGCCAAAUCACAACACAGUCAGGACACACAGGACAUGACCAGUGCUACCCACAGCACCUACAGCGCUCCCACGACGACGACGAACUCCACGACGCAUGACCGUAAUGCCGCCGCACAAUACUCACCGAUCAACAUCACACCGUCAGCUCGCCACAACUCCUCCGCGUCCUCCUAUUCGCAGGUUCAACUGUACGGCAAGUCCGCGUCUGGUGAUGCUGGGACCGCUGACGAGGAUUUCGACACGUACGUCUUCACGCAGUUCCAGUCCGCCAACGCGGCUCGGCACGACGACCCCGCCUUGUUUGACGGGCGGGCGCGUCACAGCUAUGCAGGGCCCGAGGAAGGACUGCACUGCGAUGACUCUGAAGAUGACGAUGCGGCUCUCGCGGAAGGGCAGCAGCUGGCGGAUGAGGUGUAUGUAAAUAGCCUGGUGAUGGCAGAUAAUGCUGCUGACAGGGACUGCGCUCUGCCCAACUCCACGUGUUAGUGUGUGUGUGUGUGUGUUUGUGUGUGUGUGUUUGUGUGUGUGUGUUUGUGUGGUGUAUGUGUGCGUGUGUGUGAGUGUGUCCGCAUGUGCGUGUGUAGGCGUGUAUGGAUGUAUGCGUGUGACAUAAGCGUGUGGGCGUCAACUCACGUGUUGCUAAGCACAUGCCAUGUACACGUGUUGCAAGUGCUGUUGAGAGAUGCUGCACCACUGCUACAGUUACCAGCUAGCUGGGUCGUUGUCCUCCUACAUUCCCUGUCCUACUACACACCGUUAGGCGCUGCAUCUGCCGCUAGGGUUUAUCGGGUGUUAGCGGCCGUCGUGAGUUCCCUUUGGGAACGGAUACGAUAAUUUACUUUCUUUUCUUUUUUACUACACAUAAGCCAAACUUAUUCCAGUGGCGACAAGCGGUCUUGCUCAGGACUCGGGUUGAGUGAUGGGAAUAGCUCCUUCUUCAACCUUUUCUAUUGUAGUCGGCAUUGGAAUUCUCCACCUGCCAGUUAGCCGGCAUUGGUUUCCAGUGCCCUUCUUCUUCUUCUUCUUCUUCUUCUUCUUCUUCUUCUUCUUCGCUUGCCCAAGAUUUUGUUGUAGUGCCUUCUUUAACUCCAAUAGUUUUGCAACGGGACCUCACAGCUUCUUCCUUUGGUCCGCAGAGCAUGUCCUUUGCCCUUCCUCUUGCCUCCUGUAUUUAUUUUUGUUUUACGUUUUUUCCCGAAGUUUUCCUUAACCCCACGCCGGUCUGACCCACCUUUAAAACUCGGCUGCUGAAGCGUGUCCUCUUUUCGCAGCAGCUGUGGGUGGCACGACUGCGUAUUGUUUCUGUUUGCUGUUUUCCUGUUCGUUUUGUUUUGAAAGCUCCGCCAGUAUCAUAACGGUAUUAUUUUGAUUGCACAGACUUUGGAGGUAUUGUCACGGCUACUUUGAUCACGCUAGAGUGUCAUAGUACUUUUGACAAGCUUGAUCAAUUUUGUACCGGUAGUCACCUUUCACCGGAGCUCCGGGCUGAUCUUUUUACAUUGAUGAGUUGAAGGUAGAGUUGGAGGCCGUUUUUGAAUUUCAAAUUCCGCCAGGUGUUGCAGAUGUACAAGUAGAGCAUGUAUUGGAAUGCCACGGUCCUGCUGGCAAAUUAUUUAUUUAUCUAUUUCAAUUUUAGAUCACCUACUUUGGACACAUAAUGAUGAUAGUUGGUCGAGGCAUCUCCUCCCAGCACUGCUCAUCACUAUUGCAUGCCAGUGCCUGGUGUGCAGUC